CCGGUUCCUCCCAGAAGCACAGAGAGUACAGAGGGAGAGCUUUUCUUCUCACAGCAGCAGCGGGGCUUUCUCACUGCACACACCGGCCAUUCAUCACAGGAAACCGCGCACUCACGCCUCACUAAACAAGGACUCUUUCCUCGCUCGUGGUUCCCUCCCCAUCCCACCUCUCCGAUUUGGGACGUCGUCGCCUUUUCCUCCACGUUUUUGUUUUUUAUUUUUCUGUCAGUUUUUGUCUGGCGUACUCAGGUUUCUUUUGCUGACAUGGUAGAUUAUCACGCUUCUAAUAACCAAUCAUCCACCUCCGGGGUUCAGACAUACAUGGAGCAAGAGAACGACUGGGACCGGGACCUGCUAUUGGACCCGGCCUGGGAGAAGCAGCAGAGGAAGACAUUCACUGCCUGGUGCAACUCCCACCUACGGAAGGCAGGUACGCAGAUCGAAAACAUUGAGGAGGACUUCAGGGACGGACUCAAACUCAUGCUGCUCCUCGAGGUCAUCUCAGGCGAGCGGUUAACCAAGCCUGAGCGAGGCAAGAUGAGGGUCCACAAAAUCAACAACGUGAACAAAGCGCUGGGCUUCAUCGCAAGCAAGGGAGUGAAACUGGUCUCCAUUGGAGCCGAGGAAAUUGUGGAUGGAAAUGCGAAGAUGACACUGGGAAUGAUCUGGACCAUCAUCCUUCGCUUCGCCAUCCAGGAUAUCUCAGUAGAAGAGACGUCUGCAAAGGAGGGUCUUCUGUUGUGGUGUCAGAGGAAGACGGCUCCGUACAAGAACGUCAACGUGCAGAACUUCCACAUCAGCUGGAAGGAUGGUCUCGCCUUCAACGCUCUGAUCCACAGACACAGACCUGACCUCAUUGAUUAUGACAGCCUCAGAAAGGACGACCCUGUGACCAAUCUGAACAACGCCUUCGAGGUGGCUGAGAAGCACCUGGACAUCCCCAAGAUGUUGGACGCAGAUGACAUUGUGAACACUGCUCGUCCAGAUGAGAAAGCCAUAAUGACUUAUGUCUCCAGUUUCUACCAUGCCUUCUCUGGAGCGCAGAAGGCUGAGACGGCUGCAAAUCGCAUCUGUAAAGUGCUGGCCGUCAACCAGGAGAACGAGCAAAUGAUGGAGGAUUAUGAGAAACUGGCCAGUGAUCUGCUGGAAUGGAUCAACCGCACCAUCCCAUGGCUGGAGAACCGAACCCCAGAAAAAACUGUCAAAGACCUCCAGGCCAAACAGGAGGACUUCAGAGACUACCGCUGUGUCCACAAACCACCAAAGGUCCAAGAAAAAUGUCAGCUUGAGAUCAGCUUUAACACUCUGCAGACCAAACUGCGGCUCAGCAACAGACCUGCCUUCAUGCCAUCAGAGGGACGCAUGGUGUCGGACAUCAAUGGAGCGUGGCACACGCUGGAGGGAGCAGAAAAAGGCUACGAGGAGUGGAUUCUGAGUGAGAUCAGACGUCUGGAGAGACUGGAACAUCUGGCAGAGAAGUUCCACCAAAAAGCUGCCAUCCAUGAAUCCUGGACUGAUGGUAAGGAGGCCAUGCUGACCCAGAAGGACUACGAGACUUCCACCCUGGCAGAAGUCAAGGCGCUGCUGAAGAAGCACGAGGCCUUUGAGAGCGACCUGGCAGCUCAUCAGGACAGAGUGGAGCAGAUCGCUGCCAUCGCACAGGAGCUCAAUCAGCUGGAUUAUUACGAUGCCCCUAGCGUCAAUGCUCGCUGUCAGAAGAUCUGUGAACAGUGGGACAUUCUGGGAGCUCUUACUCAGAAACGCAAAGAGUCACUGGAGAGAACAGAGAAGCAGCUGGAGUCCAUAGAUGAGCUUUACCUGGAGUACGCCAAGAGGGCGGCGCCCUUCAACAACUGGAUGGAGGGAGCGAUGGAGGAUCUCCAGGACAUGUUCAUCGUCCACAACAUUGUAGAAAUUCAGGAUCUGAUCACAGCCCACGAGCAGUUCAAGUCCACCCUGUCUGAGGCCAACAUGGAGCGCGAGGCCAUCCAGUCCAUCCAGGCCCAGGUGCAGAAGAUCGCCCAGAGCAACGGGAUCAAGCUGAGCGGAGCCAACCCCUACACCACCAUCACACCUGAGAGCAUCGACAGCAAGUGGGAGAGGGCAAUGGCUAUGGUGCCACAGCGUGACAAUGCCUUACAAGAAGAACUGAACAAACAGAAGUCCAACGACACACUGAGGGCCACGUUUGCCACUCAGGCCAAUGCAGUCGGUGCCUACAUCAAGGACAAAAUGGAGGAAAUUGGUAGGAUAUCCAUCGAGAUGAACGGCACCCUGGAGGACCAGCUGACCAACCUGAAGGACUACCAGACCACCAUCAUGUCAUUCAUGCCUGAGAUCAACAAACUCGAGGGAUACCACCAGCUCAUCCAGGAGGCACUCAUUUUUGACAACCAGUACACCAAAUACACAAUGGAGCAUCUCCGUGUGGGCUGGGAGCAGCUGCUGACCACCAUCGCCAGGACCAUCAACGAGGUGGAGAACCAGAUCUUGACCCGUGACGCCAAGGGCAUCAGUCAGGAGCAGCUGUACGAGUACCGCGCCUCCUUCAACCACUUUGACAAGGACCACACUGGGUCGCUGAUGGCCGAGGAAUUCAAGGCCUGUUUGAUCAGUCUGGGCUAUGAUGUGGAGAACAACAAGCAGGGUGAUGCUGAGUUCGCUCGCAUCAUGGGCAUCGUGGAUCCCAAUGCUAGUGGCGCCGUCACCUUCCAGGCCUUCAUUGACUUCAUGUCCACUGAAACGACAGACACAGACACCGCCGACCAGGUCAUCGCCUCGUUCAAGAUCCUGGCUGGUGAUAAGAACUACAUCACAGCUGAGGAACUCAGGAGGGAGCUCCCUCCAGACCAGGCGGAGUACUGCAUCGCCCGCAUGGCGCCCUACACAGGGCCCGAUGCUGCCCCCGGCGCCCUCGACUACAUGUCCUUCUCCACCGCCCUGUAUGGAGAGAGUGACUUGUAGAGUGACGACGAGGAGGAGAGCUGGAUGGGGGGUGGGGGGAGGGUGGGGGUGAAGUUGGAAAAAAUACGGAGAGUUUUUCUGCAUGUGGAGAAGGUUCUGGAAAUCAGGUGUGAGCAGGAGUUUGAGUGGCGUUUGUGAGGUGCCCCUGUGUGUCGGUUUAGAAAAUAUCCGAGCUUGUUGAUUGAUAGGUAGUUAGGUUUGGCCUCUGUUGAAUGUUUUCCAGCUCCACUUUAUUAUUAACACGUUGACAGAAAUGAGAAUUCUGGAAAAAGCUUUGUAUGAACGGAUGAAUCCAGGCGCAGCUGUGAGACGAGCAGCUGCUCCGUCAUUUUGGCUCCUUAGCUUCACCCUCUCUGCCUUUUUGGGGGUCAACAGGGGUGGGAUAAGGAAAGGGGGCCGGAGUUAAAUAUUAAUCUGAUACUUAUGCUAAUUUUUGUUAAUUUUAUUACAAUUUAUUUUUUCUUCUUGCCAGGGGAGGGGCCAGGGCAUUAGGAGGAGAACAGAGCGGUGUGGGGUCUGGUGUGGUGAUUGGCCAGUUUUGUGUAUUAGAUUCUAGAAAGAUAUAUGCUAUGGGGCAGGGGGUUGGGCCGACCAACCACAGAUGAAAAUCAAAUAUUUACCCAUAAUUCCCAUGUUGCUGGACAAGGUGACCUGUUUAACCUCCUCCUGUCUGUGUUUAUUUCUUUCUUCUUUUUUCAGCAGCGGGUGGCUAAUGGGGUUGGGGUGGGAAUGAUGUUGACCUGAUGGGGUGGGUGGGGUCUCAUUUGGGGAGGGAGGGUGUUCAGCGCUGUACAUACUUAUUUUUCCAGUGCGAGGAAUGACACAGUCUCAGUUGUCACAGAAGUGAUCAAAGGUAUCAAUGGCAUUUAAUCAAAGAAAGAUGGAGGAAAUCACAGUUUAAAUGAAAAAACAAAGACAUUUAAGAACAAAUGACACAGAGCAGUUUCACCAGUGGAUAGGUUUGAGUUUUUAUUUUUUUUUUGUUAUUUUAAUCAAAGGAGAACUUUAUCGGAGGCGCAAGGCCUUUCUGUGUUCAUCCUUUGACAGACAGUAUCGUAGUUAUCACCCCAGUACUAUUCUGUGAAACGACUUUGCUGCAGCGGUGGGCAUCAGGUGCUUAUUUAAAUGCAAAAGUAAAUAUUUCUACGAUCAUGAUUGUUGUUGUCAUUGUCGGUCCACUUUUAGAAUCCAUACUUUACCAUAGGUGUGAUUGAUUGAUCUGGUGACGGCUCUUCUUGGACGACUUCUCUUUUUCUUCACCACUAGUACAUAACGAGGGGCACUCCUGAUGAUGUAUUUGGAAAAACAAACAAACAAACAAACUACUCUCUCUUAUCUCCCUUUCUCACUCACCCACUUCUUCCCAAUCUCACCUCAGUCUUAUUUCUGUCUGAGGAGAUCGAAACGAAAAUAAGGAAGAACUGACAAGCAAAGAUCAGGGAGGAGUCUUUAUGUAAACAUUCCAUUGUAUGAAAAUUGAAAAAAAAAAAAAAAAAGGAAAUUGUUGUGUAAAAAAAAAAUCUAUGCAAUCAUGAUUUGUUCAAUAGCAAUUGAGUCCUGAAGAAUGAUGUGAGCAUCAAGCAGGCUGAUGGUUCCCUGUGUUAUUUCAACAGGACUGAUUUCUCCAGUGUUUGUUAGCUGUCUGUGGGUAGAGUGGAAAGGCAGAGGGACAGACACACAGACAGACAAACGGGAAAAACGGACAAAGACAUGGACCAAAUUAUUUUUUUUCUUACUAUUUCUUUGUUUUUUUUUCCCCCCCUCGUGAGGUUGGAGAGACGUGAACUCUGGAGUUGUGAUUUUCCUUUUUGUACUCUUUAAUAUCAAACCUUAUCUGCUGUACUGGAAACUGCAACACAUUCUGUCUCUAAUGAUAAGUGAGUUUCACAAAGCACACAUAAAAGUUUCUUUACAAAAUUA